AUGACGAAAUGGAGGACACUCACCUUCUCAGAAGCAGAACUCACAACAAGAGAUGAACUUGCUAUAGACAGCCCAUUUUUCAAGGAUAAUGACAAAUACAGACUUCACAGUAAAAAAUAUAAUGGGAAUCUUAAGAAAAAGAACA